AUGUCGGGUCAAGGGACUUACAACAACCUGUCGGUAAACGUGUCGAAAAUAAUCUAUGGGUACAGACUUAUUUUUGGAUGUGAUAAUAUAGGUGAGUUCGGCGAUAAGCACCUAGUCUUACUCACGAGACUUGUCGGAUCCGAGAACAUUUUAAAGGGUCCGUUUGGUGGACUUAGAAUAGUAAGAAAAAGUCUACCGAUUCUCGACAAGAUGAUGGAUGACAUUGCAUCCGAACGGAAGGAAGGAAGAUAGUGAACGGUACAGGAUCGGAAGCGUAUAGGUGGGGAGUCGAUAUUAGGAAAGAGGAAGCGAGAAGAUAUAGGGAAGUCGAAGAUUGGGGACGUGGUAUUGCUGAAUGGAAGGGCUUUUACUUUGUACAGAAGGAAAAGCAUUUGUGGAAGGAAAGGGAGGAAAGGAGGAGGAGCGAACAGAUAAGGAAAGGACAGAAAUGGUGUACAAUUUCAUCCGAACGAUCGGAACAUGUAUGGGGUGGAAUACCACCGUGGGGCCCACAAAAGUCGGAGGUAAAGGUGGUUGGUGAUGAUGGUAGUGUGUGUUAUAUAUCGAACCCGGACUUUAUACCAGGAUUUAGAGAUUGA